AUGGCCGCCAACGUCGAGCCGCAAUCCAGUUCGCCGCAGUUGGGCCAGGAGGAGACGAACAACCUCGUGCGGCGGCUGUACGACCAGCAGAUGGAGCGCGCCGCCAAGCGCGAGGAGGAGCGGUACCGCGAACUCUCCAAGUCGUGCGCCCCGCCGCGGCAUAUCAACAAGGAUGAAGAGGGCGAUCUCGUUCGCCGCAUAUACGACCAGCAGUUGGAGCGGUUCCGCGUGAGUAGAGAGGAACGCGAGCGGCGAAUCUACGAGGAGACUCACCGCAAUGACAAGAAAAUGACAGAGAGCGAUAUUCAGGAGCAAGUAGACCGCAUCUACGCACAGGAGAUCGCAAAGAGUAAAGCGCGCCGCGAGGAGCUGCAGAAACGGUACCUGCCAGAGGCCGAGACGAAGAAGAUCAGCAAGGCGCAGCUCCAGGAAAGCGUGGAGCGUCUAUUCCACAUUGACUAUGCGAAAAGGGACGAGGAGCUGUUCAAGAAGCACGUGUACCCAUAUGACCCGCCGUCGUCAAAGAUCUCACGGUCGCAGAUGGAGGCAAUGGCCAAUCGCCUCUCAACGAGAGGCAACGCGUAG